GGGGGGAUGGGAGGGGCAGGCGUUGUGCUGCUGCUGCUGCUGGCCGGAGCGGGCGCCGGGGUGGCCUGGAGACCACCAAAGGGAAAGUGCCCUCCGAGCUGCUCCUGCUCCAAGGAUAGUGCCCUGUGUGAGGGCUCUCCAGACCUGCCCGAGAGCUUCUCCCCGACCCUGCUGUCACUCUCACUCGUUAGGACUGGAAUCACCCAGCUGAAGGCCGGAAGCUUCCUGAGGGUGCCCACACUGCACCUGCUCCUCUUCACAUCCAACUCCUUCUCUGUGAUUGAGGACGAUGCAUUUGCGGGCCUGUCCCACCUGCAGUACCUCUUCAUCGAGGACAAUGACAUUGGCUCCAUCUCUAAGAACGCUCUCAGAGGACUUCGCUCACUCACACACCUGAGCCUGGCCAGUAAUAAUCUCGAGACCCUCCCCAGAUUCCUGUUCCGAGGCCUGGAGACCCUAACUCAUGUGGACCUCCGCGGGAACCCGAUCCAGUGUGACUGCCGCGUCCUCUGGCUGCUGCAGUGGAUGCCCACCGUGAAUGCCAGCGUGGGGACUGGGGCCUGCGCCGGCCCCACUGCUCUGGCCCACAUGCAGCUCCGCCACCUGGACCCCAAGACGUUCAAGUGCAGAGCCAUAGAGCUGUCCUGGUUCCAGACGGUCGGGGAGGCGGCGCUGGGCGUGGAGUCCUUCUCCUACCAGGGGGAGCCCCACAUCGUCCUGGCACAGCCGUUUGCAGGCCGUUGUCUGAUCCUCACCUGGGACUACAGCCUGCAGCGUUUCCGGCCCGAGGAAGAGCUGUCCGCGCCCUCGGUGGUGUCCUGCAAGCCACUGGUGCUGGGCCCGAGCCUCUUCGUGCUGGCCGCCCGCCUGUGGGGUGGCUCGCAGCUGUGGGCCCGGCCCGGCCCCGGCCUGCGCCUGGCCCCCACACAGGCCCUGGCCCCACGACGGCUGCUGCGGCCCAAUGACGCCGAGCUCCUGUGGCUGGACGGGCAGCCCUGCUUCGUGGUGGCCGACGCCUCCAAGGCGGGCAGCACCACGCUGCUGUGCCGGGACGGGCCCGGCUUCUACCCUCGCCAGAGCCUGCACGCCUGGCACCGGGACACGGAUGCCGAGGCCCUCGAGCUGGACGGCCGGCCCCACCUGCUGCUGGCCUCUGCCUCACAGCGGCCCGUGCUCUUCCACUGGCUCGGGGGCCGCUUCGAGAGGCGCACAGACAUCCCCGAGGCUGAGGACGUCUAUGCCACGCGUCACUUCCAGGCCGGCGGGGACGUGUUCCUGUGCCUGACACGCUACAUCGGGGACUCCAUGGUCAUGCGCUGGGACGGCUCCAUGUUCCGCCUGCUGCAGCGACUGCCCUCGCGUGGUGCCCACGUCUUCCAGCCGCUGCUCAUCGCCAGGGACCAGCUGGCUAUCCUGGGCAGCGACUUUGCCUUCAGUCAGGUCUUGCGUCUUGAGCCUGACAAAGGGCUCCUGGAGCCGCUGCAGGAGCUGGGGCCCCCAGCCUUGGUGGCCCCCCGUGCCUUUGCUCACAUCACCGUGGCCGGCAGACGCUUCCUCUUCGCCGCUUGCUUCAAGGGCCCCACACAGAUCUACCAGCAUCACGAGCUAGACCUCAGUGCCUGAAACGCGAGGGGACCUUGAGACCUUGGACACGGCUCGGAGGGGAGGGGGCACUGGCGCGGGGAGUCCCAGGCCUCUGGACGCUCACUUGAACGGCCUCCUGGCCCUACCCGGGGUGAUGGUAUCUGUGAGGUACCGACCACAGGCCGAGUUCAAGACAAGGGCCUUGAACUUCCAGUCUGAAGCAACAUCUCAGCCCGUGGCACACGCUCCGACCAAGCAUGACUUGGGGGCUCGGGCUAGGGCACUGCAAGAAGCUGGGGUACCGAAUCCAUGGUGGGGGCGAUGUGCAGAACUCCAUGAGGUCUGGAAGAGCCCCCUCAAGCCCACUCCCCUCCUGCUCCCUCUGAAAGUACUGAGGCGGAGAGAGCUUUCCUUUCCCUCUAAACUCAUUCUGGCCAAUCUCUUUUAGUGCCCGCCUCCGUGACGUCAUCAGUCGCUGGGCCGGUUUCCCCCGCCCGGGCCUGCUAACUUCCUCUGCUGCUUUGUGCGCAUGCCUCCUGCCCAGGCGGAAGCCCAGCGUGUUGGCCCUCUUGCGCCUGCGCAAGAAAUAGGUGGGAAAGUAGGUGUUGUGGCUGGAGCCCCCGCUACCCUUUCUCUGGAGAGGACGGGAAGUGUAUAAGCUCAAUAAACACGCUGUGCACCUGC